AUGAAGUCUUGGCACCUCCCUCUGGGUCCUGAACCCUCAGGAGCCAUGCUGCUGUUGCUGACCUUGGUUCUUCUUGCCAGUCCUACCUGCAGAGCCCAGAAUGUCCUGGGGAAUAAGGCCGGUGACUAUUUCUACGUUCAAGGAGAAGCCCAGGGAGAACUCAAGGGCGUGCGGAUCUUCCUAAGUCUUUUAAAGUUCAUCAAGGGCAUCCAGCUGCAGUUUGGCAAUUACUGGAGUGAUGUCUAUGGAUCCCGGUCACCAGAGUAUAAAGAGUUUCUUCUGGAGGACGGCGAGCGCGUGAUAAAGGUGGAGGGCAGCGCCAAUCUCUGCCUGACCUCCCUGAGCUUCACUACAAACAAGGGGCGUGUGGCCACCUUUGGUGUUAAAAUGGGCAGUUCCUUCUAUGACAGUGGAGGAUCAGACAAGCACCUAGCAACUGUCAAUGGUACACACACACCAGGCCUCUGCAUCACAGGGAUGAGCUUCAAAUGGGAAGAUAAUGCAAAGGACUUGAUGUCCAUGGAGCCUGUAAAAGAGCCAGGACACAGCGCUAACAUUUCCAACAAGACGGAAGAUAAAGGCAAAGACGAGGAUAAUGAUGAUGAUGACCAUGACGAUGAUGAUGACAAUGACGACAAUGAUGAUUAUGACGAUGACGACGACGAUGAUGACGAUGACGAUGAUGAUGAUGAUGAUGAUGAUGACGACGACAAGAAAGAUGAAAAAGAAUAG